AUACAUCCAUCAUCUCGACCUCUCCGGAGAAUCUCAACUCCAUCUUCCUCUUCGUAUUCAAUCUCCGAAGUGUUUGGGCUAAACCACGCUGUUGAAUCCUCUUGCCUCACUCUGAAUCCGAGCCCCAACAAAAUGGCCAUCGAAGUGGUUCCCCUCACGGAAGCAGAUAUUCCCGGUGCGAUCGAAGUCAUUCAGCAAGCAUUUGCCGAAGACCCCUAUUUUGAGUGGGUUUUUGAUGCCCCCAACUUCAAUAAACAAAGAAAUCACGACUCUCUCGCCGUCCGCUGCCUGUGGGGCAUCAACAAUGCCCUGUUUUAUGUCGCUAAGGAGACUGAUGCCGGUGUGAAGGAAGAGGCAGUGGAUCCCACUGAUCAAAAUAGUGCGAACACGAGUUCCUCGCGUAUUGUGGGUGUCUCGUGUUGGUUGCCGCCCCAUGCGUCUACCGAGCCGGAAAGCUGGUACAGCUGGUACCAAGGGUGGGUGCUCUCUUUCCGCCAGCUCUUGAACAACUUGGUGCACUGGGGCCGCGGUGGUCUAAUCUCGAAGCGAUACUGGAUCUGGAAGGAACGUCAGGCGGAGGCUCAGGGCGCGAUCUGGGACGACCCCAAAGGAUAUUAUUUCUGCAACAUCGUGGCGGUCAAGCCCGAUGCCCAGGGCGGCGGGAUUGGGAGGAAGUUGUUUGAGAAAGUGACCGAGCAGGCUGAUCGUGAGGGCGUGAAGUCGUAUCUGGAAAGUUCUCGUAACGAACCUAACGUGCAAAUCUAUGAGAAGAUGGGAUUUGAAAUGAAGCGGGUAAUGGAAUGCCGAGAUGGGGAUGAUGCUUGCAUGCUAUACUGUAUGGUCCGCGAGCCACGAACUCUGAAUGAAUAAUGGUUGUGAGUGGACGUAGAUUUCUUUAUGACUGCCAUUUGAAGUCUUUGGGAGCGAAUUGACAUUUUGCUGGAUCAUGUUUCUUUUUUUCCCGAUCGAUGCUUGAUCACGAACUAUGACUAGUCAGGAUAUAGACGCGCUAUGAUAGAUAACACCGGAUGGCCUUCUCCGAGCGGAUCAAAUUAUUCAACAUAAUUUAACGCCUAGUCAGGAAAGGGAGUCGACCGCCAAAUGAUAUAGCAGAUGCAGAAUGAUCCCUGAAGCCGGGCCAGAGUCCCCUCCGAAAGCCGUCGCUUCCAAGCUCCCCGUUUGCAUAACGGCCCCAACAACGUUUCAGAAGGCGUUCCUCGCAAAAAGAAGGAACUGCAGUCAGCCGGUGGCAUAUUCAUGUCCGGUCUAUCACUGACCAGUCACCGUCGAAGUCAGAAAUAUCUAAUUGAAACCCGGGGUAAGGGAUUGGAUCCACCGAGGGGUCCACCGCCAGGACCUGCCAUUUGACCAAAUUUUUGCAGUUUCAAAUUCACUAUCACGCCAAGGACGUCAACAGACCGACGUGCUCCAUAUGAUAUUACAUUAUAAUAACUCUGUUCGUUAUAGGAGGGGAACGGCCGAUCAUCACGAAGGUUUCACCUAACCGGACACAAUCCCUCCCAUGAAUCGCGUGAGUAUGUACGCGAACGAUAGCGCAACUCUAACACGUAAUGGAUUGAUGAUAUGACAAGAUAUGUGUCAAGCACCACGGCGAAAAAUUCUGCUUAGCGCGAACGGGCGACCAACGGUGCCAGUCAACCAGUUCGGCGUCGUCGUUUCACAAGGUCAACAUCCAGCACUAGUCGGGUAAUGCGUGGGCCUUAGCAAUGCGAUGGAUCAAAAAAGCGGCAGACCCGGCGUUUAUGGUAGAUUGUCGCGGAUAAGGUUAAACGGAAGGCACGGAGCUUUUCCAUGCUUUUCGAUGUUUCAGGGGACCUCCUGACAUGCUGAAUUUAGAAGUUUCUGACAUGACAGGUGGAAUCGAAAGGCCUGGCAUUGGUUCUUCUCGUCGCUCCUUUCUACCGGUUGCCUGAGUAGGAAGUCCGCAGUCUGUCAGUGCUUCGGGGCUAUAAUAGUAUAAUAGCAGGGAAAAUGCCUGGGAGAACCUGGCGGCGGGUCUGUUCUCCUAAAAAAUCCUUCUUUUAUUGCCAUAUGGCAUAUACCUAACUUUAUACACGUUCCUUGGAAAUACCCUCAGAACUAAUUUAACAACACCCUCC